GCUCCGUGCGGCGACAUGGCGCGUUGGGUCCGUACGUACGGCAAGAUGGCCGCGCCGAGGGCCUGGGCGCACGGCGGGCUGACGCGCCCGCUCCGGGGCCCCACUGCCCGCUCACGCCUGCUUCCGCUGCCCCGAUGGGUCGCUGCUGCGGUCCUCGGAGCGAACCACGUCGGCCGCCCGGGAGCCGAGCGCGCGAGCCUGGCCCUCCGCGCUGGGCCCCGCCGUACGCCAAGAUGGCGGCCGGCGGACUUCCGUCGCGCACUUCCGGCCCCGCCCGCGCCCGCUCUGCCGGGAUUGGCCCCGGCGGCGGCCCGUCGCGUCGCGUCGCGCUGCGGAAACGUCGGAGCGAAGCCUCCCUCAGUCGGCGGCCGGAGAGGGAAGAUGGACGCAGCUACUCUGACCUACGACACUCUCCGAUUUGCUGAGUUUGAAGAUUUCCCAGAGACCUCAGAGCCUGUUUGGAUACUGGGUAGAAAAUACAGCAUUUUCACAGAAAAGGACGAGAUCUUGUCUGAUGUGGCGUCGAGACUUUGGUUUACAUACAGGAAGAACUUCCCUGCCAUUGGGGGAACCGGCCCCACCUCGGACACGGGCUGGGGCUGCAUGCUGCGCUGUGGACAGAUGAUCUUUGCCCAAGCCCUGGUGUGCCGGCACUUAGGCCGAGAUUGGAGGUGGACACAGCGGAAGAGGCAGCCGGACAGCUACUUCAAUGUCCUCAAUGCGUUCAUCGACAGAAAGGACAGUUACUACUCCAUUCACCAGAUAGCACAAAUGGGAGUUGGCGAGGGCAAGUCUAUUGGCCAGUGGUACGGGCCCAACACCGUCGCCCAGGUUCUCAAGAAACUCGCUGUCUUUGACACAUGGAGCGCCUUGGCCGUCCACAUAGCGAUGGACAACACGGUGGUGAUGGAGGACAUCAGAAGGUUGUGCAGGAGCAGCCUUCCGUGUGCGGGGGCUGCCGCGUUUCCUGCAGAUUCCGACCGGCACUGUAACGGGUUCCCUGCUGGAGCCGAGGUCACCAACAGGCCAGCACCGUGGAGACCACUGGUGCUUCUCAUCCCCCUGCGCUUGGGGCUCACGGACAUCAACGAGGCCUACGUGGAGACGCUGAAGCGCUGCUUCAUGAUGCCGCAGUCCCUGGGGGUGAUUGGAGGGAAGCCCAACAGUGCCCACUACUUCAUCGGCUACGUUGGUGAGGAGCUCAUCUACCUGGACCCCCACACAACGCAGCCAGCGGUGGAGUUCACCGACAGCUGCUUUAUCCCGGACGAGAGCUUCCACUGCCAGCACCCUCCAAGCAGGAUGAGCAUCGGGGAGCUCGACCCGUCCAUUGCUGUGGGGUUUUUCUGUAAGACUGAGGACGACUUUAACGACUGGUGCCAGCAAGUCACAAUGCUGUCGCUGCUUGGAGGUGCCCUGCCCAUGUUUGAGCUGGUGGAGCAGCAGCCUUCCCACCUGGCCUGCCCCGAUGUCCUGAACCUGUCCUUAGAUUCCUCUGAUGUAGAGCGACUGGAAAGAUUCUUUGACUCAGAAGAUGAAGACUUUGAAAUCCUGUCGCUUUGAAAAUCCCGGAGUCAGGGGACGGUCUCCACUGGCCCUUGCUGGGGGUGCCUUCAAAAGCCCCGCCACGCCUCCGGUUGCCCGGCGCCGCGGCAUUUCAUCCAUCCAGCCUGCCCUGCUCUGCACACGGACAGAGGAGGACUGCACUGUCCUGGAGGCCUUACCGCGAGGCGCGGGACUGCUCAGCCCAGAACGCUCGGCUCAUCAGGGCUACAAGACGGGAGCGAGGAGCCGCCCGCAGGAAGCCCAGCACAGCCAGCUCAGAGCUUCUGAGAGCAGAGCCUUCACCCUUCGAGAGCGCUCCCUGCGACACUGCCAGCCCUGCGUUAGUGCGUCGCCUCUGUCCUGCUUCCUCCUGGGCUCUGAGUUCUGGGUUUGCUUUGGGAUUAAAGUCCUGUUUGAAGUUACUAGACACAGACAUGAAUUUCUGUUGGGCGUGUCCCAAGUCACUCUCGGAAGACCUGCGGGCGGCGGGCGUGAGAGGAGUGAUGCCCGCGGACGGGGCCGCCUGCCCUCUGCCAGGUGUGGUUUAUCAAGGGCUACCUCAGGGGGAGAUCGGGGUGAAAGAAUUAGGGCAAGGUUUCUCUUGCUUUGAGGAGAACAGCAAAGGGAUGGGGCGUGGUGGAAAUCAAAGAUGGCCAGGACAGACACGCCCGCUCUCUGGAGCUGCAGGUGGAGCCCGAGCUGUGCGUCUCAGUUUCUGUGUGGGCUCUGGCCUUGUGACUCGCCUGCGUGCUGCUGCUUGCUCAACGCACCAGCUUUCCAGGGUGGAGGGUGGUUGGAGGCUGGGAGGAGCCGCCCUGGCCUGUGCCCCUCGGGCCGCUGGCAAAGCGUGGGGGGCACGGCGAGCUGGGCUGGUGGAGGCCGGGGGUCCAUGGCACACUGCCACCUGGAGCCUUCCUCCAUCCGCUUGUCCUCAGAACUGCCCUCAAGGUCACCGAGGCUUCAGACAGGUUUGGGGCUGGAGGGUACAACCCUCAGCUUUGUGGUGCAAGAUCAGCACCCCACCGCUCAUGGCACCAGCUGGAGAUGCAGCCAGACCCUUCUGAGCACCGGCUGUCAGCACCGCGCCUUUAACCCUGCCGUCCCCUGGAGGGCACCGCCCCGAGGGCUUGCCGGCUGUCCUGGAAGAGCGGCUUUCGUCCCACCAGAAGCAUCAACAAGGCGGGUGGGAGCUCGGGCAGGCCCUCCUCCCCAGGUGGCGGCACUCGUGCGUGUCCCCCCCGCCCGCUGAGGUAGCAGAGGACACCCCGCCCCAUGUGUUGCCGACAUAAGUUAUUUCCCUUUUUUCUUUUUGUCCCUUUCCCUCCCUCCCUCCCUCCUCCUCCGUCAUCCUGUAGGUAGCCAUGGGGUCGGGAGGAGGAGGGUCAGGACGCUUUCCAUUCCUCCAUUCCUUCAGUGCUGCGUCUCUCUGGAUUAACAACAUGCUGCCGCCGGCUGGGGCCAGGCGGGUCCCGCUGCAGCUCCUGCUGUGGGUGCGAUGGUCGAAAUGGGAGAGAACUGGACCAAAGGGGAGCUUUGUCUUGUGUGUUUGGAAAAAGGCUUACUGAAGAGAAUGUUGUUCAUUCCUAGUAGUAUAGUUUGCAAUUCUUAAUGGCAAAUAAUAACAGUUUCAAUAGAAAACUAA